UGCUUGGAAUAUAAAGAAUUAUGUUGUCUUAGGUACGCGAACGAAGUGGUUAAAGCUAUGCAGUUCGUAACUCUGUUCACGGUAAUGCAGAGCGGUGUGGCGAUUGUAUUUUGCGGUAUUACUUUGAUUCAACCCCAACCGUUCAGUGUGAAAGUCCAAUAUUUGUUUGUAAUUGCGACUGCGUUGAUGGAGGUCUUCAUGUGUGCGCGUCCCGCUGAUCAUCUGUUGGAUAUGAGUGAAAAUGCUAUGCAAGGUAUAUACGAAUCGAGAUGGUACGAUCAGUCAACGAGUGUGCAAAAGGCAGUGAGCAUCAUGUUAUCACCACAGAAACCAGUGGCCAUUAAAAUCCCUUGCAUCGUCCCAACUCUUUCAUUGGAUUACUUUUGCUCGUUCGUCACCAAUGUGUUUUCUUUAUUCUCCGUUCUACGUGCUGCAAUUUCUCAAGAUGUGUAACAAGUAGACUUCGGAAGUUUAUACAAAUGUAUAUUUUAGAGAAGUGGAUGAAACAAGAGAUUUUGU